GUAUCUGUGGCCUGUGACUUGAUUCAACCAGUACAUUUGAUUUUCGAUGGCUAACAAAGGUGCAAGAAUAUUCCUGGACAAGAAUCACAUUGACAAAUGUUCGAAUUGCAAUGAGUACCUAUCUGUAGGACCAAUUGUUUUGGUGAAAAACAAACCUGUUUGCGCUAGAUGCCCACAAGGCAAAGGAUCUUCAGCUACUUUUUACGAAAAACUAGCUGAGUACAUGUUUUUCCCCUGUAAAAAUGACAUUUACGGCUGUGAUGCUAUGUUAAUUUGGGGACGUGUCUCACAGCAUGAAAAUAUUUGCAAGUUUGAUCCGCUGAUAUGCCCUGCGAUGAGCUGCGAAGAAAAAUUUGUGAGAAAAGAUUUGGUUCAACAUUUCACUUUGAAACAUAAAGAGCUGCUGAUGAUCAAUAAUCAAUUCAGAAUUCCAGGCCAAAAGGAUGAAGAUAAAUACAUAAAUAAAUUGUUCAUUUGGAAAAACAGACCCUUUAUUUUGAAAAUUGACUUCACACCACCUUGCUGCUUUUUUGAUAUUCUGGGGUUCAAUGAAUUCGCAUACAGGAAUUUGGAAUACAAUAUAUUAAUAGAAGAUGAAGAGAAACAAAAGGGUGUGUUCAUAAACGGUAUAACUCUAUCAGAUUACGGAAUGAAACACCAUGAUGCUUUAACUAUGAUCCAACUUGACCUGACUGUGAUAGAAAAACAAUUGGGUUCAAAAAAAUUUAUUUGUACUUUCAACAUCGAACAUAUAGCAUUAUCGAAGAAUGCACUGAACAAUAGUCUCUUGGCUGAACUGGAAUGUCCUAUAUGUAUGGAAUAUAUGAGACCACCAAUAUUCAUGUGUUCUUCUGGCCACGUUGUGUGUGAUACUUGCAAUGGGAAACUUGUUGUUUGUCCAACUUGUCAGAUUGUGAUGAAUGAUAACAGAAAUUUCGCUCUGGAAAAAUUCACAGAACACAUCAGUUAUCCUUGUAAAUAUUUAGAUGAAGGCUGCUCUACAAUUGGACAACUCUCAGACAUACGUUCCCAUGAAGCAAUUUGUUCCAUUGGAGCUACCGAAGAUACACUUUGUCACAUAAGCUAUUUAGAGCCUUGUGAAUGGAGGGGACCUUCUUCAGAACAGAUAACUCAUAUUCAUUCGAAGCAUUCAAAUGUCUUCAUAGAUCUAAGCAAUCUUAUUGAGCUACAUUUGGAAAAAAUCAAAAUGAUGAGUGUAUUUUUUGAAAGCAACAGCCAAAUUUUCAAGCUGAAGGUUUCUAACGAGAGUACUUCUCUACGUAUAUGUGUGAAGUCAAUUCUGAAUUCUGGCAAACCAAAGCAGAAAUAUCGAUACUAUAUUGACUUUGAAGACCUCAAUCAAAACAAUAGGAUUUUGAAUUUGAACAAAGAUUGCAUAUCUGCUCAAGCCAAUGAUGAAAGUUUCAUUAAUUCUCUAGUCAUUGAUCAUCAUCUAUAUAGGCCAUUUGUGAAAGAUGAUUCAAUAAGCUUGAGAAUUCAUAUUAUCCUUAUAUAAACUGCUCAACAAUUGUGCCUCUAUAUUUUAAUCUAUUAAAUUCAUAUUAUCAAUAUUAAUUUCAUUCAUUCAACUUAAGAGUACUGGACAGUGACAAAUAUACCUAAUAAGUAAUGGCAGAAGAUCAAUACGAGGAUUUAUAUAAAAAAAACUAAUGGUAAAAUUGAGAUGUUGACAUAGAGCGGUCAAAAAUCCUAAUAAAACUAAAGCAGUAUACUUUUCAAAACGAGACGUGGCCCUGAAACUGCAGAAAAUAUCAUUCUCAAUCAAUAUAAAAUUCAAUUUCCAACAGGAAUUAACUGUUUCUAUGUGUUUGUUGAUGAAACCUAACACAAAUUUAAACAUUGUUAGAACCAUUUACUACGCAAGCUCUUAUUCAAGGACAGAAAGCAGUGAAGUCAUAAAUAUUUUCACAAUUCAAAAGUGAGCUUUUCGUAUAGUUAAUAAAACAUUUAUCACUAUUCCAGCACUAUACACAUACAGGGCUUUCAUUUCAAAACUUAACGCACCCUACAUAUUUUCUGAUCUCCGGUGAUAAUUUUCAGGAUAAAGAGGUCUUUUCAGAUAUCGCGUGGGAUGGAAAUUACAAGUAUCUAUUGGAUGCUAUGUAAAUCCCCUCCAGCUUCAGACACCCUUAUUUUAAUAUUCCAAAUGGCACCCCCACCUCGAGAUACAGAAAAUUCAAAAUCUCUAGUAAUUACCAAAUCAACCAUCACGUGAAAAUGGAACUAUUUCGUGUAUACAUAUCAGAGAUUACACGUCGAAUAUAAUAUCGUACUAUUGAGUAUUCGUGAAGUCGAUGACCUUUCAUUUUUCUAUAGAUUUUCACGGAAAAUGUUCCUCAGAAAUCUGUGCUAUCAUUUCAUCACUAUCAAUACCAGUCAGACGAAUUCGUCAAGCCCAAUCAGCGCAUUCAUCCGUUCAAGUCAUUUGUUCCUAAACCAUAGAAUGACUGGCAAGAUCUCCAAAUUUGAUACCUCUUGAUCAAUUUUUGUGGAGUCACAUGGAAACAAUGGUUACUGAAAUUGUGCAAGGAAACAUUGAUGGACUGAAACUAGAAACAUAUAUAUUAAAUUCCAAUAUUAGGUUUAUAGGUUUUAUAUGUAAAGGUUGAAUUGUUCCAGUAUUGAAUUCUUGAAUCUUUGAAAAUGAAUGAAAAUAUUCAACUAGUGAAGAAGCCGAUACUUAACUUUCUGUGUAAUCUGGAAUCCUAUUCAUGAAUGAUUAUUUUGAGCAAUACCUUCGGCAGAUGCAUAAGUCAGUUUAGAAAUGACCAAUGACAUAUAGACCUUCCUUAUAGAAUCCACUGAGAAGUCAGAGCAAUUACGAAUAAUCAUUUCUAAAAUGUUUGAUGAUUCCACUGGAAUGGUGUUUAUGUGAUUCACAAAUCUCAUUUGUUCAUCAAAAGUGACCCCUAUACAUAUACAGUAGCAAGCCUCUUAUAACUAUGAUGCAUUGUAUGUAUUUUUCCCCUUAUUUCUAGUUAAAUAACCUCUUCUGUAUGUAAACUGUGACUGGCUUUUUUAUAUAACCCAUGUAUUUGUUAUGUUUGUAAUAUGUUAUUCGAGUGCAAUAAAUUAUUAUUAUCAUUAUUAAUCGCUUUGGUUAUUCAAUGGUGUCAGGAUAUACCAGUGAAUGUCAACAUUCACCAAGUUGCUUGGCGUAUGUCCGAUAUAUUCAUCAAAUAUCAUUAUUUCUAACUUCCACCGGCGAAAGUCAACAUUCAUCAUAUACUCAUGGUGUAUGUGAAGAACUUUUUACAAAAAGAAAACAAAAUAAAACUAUAUAGGUUAACAUUUAUUUUGAUCAAAUCAUGAAAGAAGUUUUCAAAUGAACAUAAAGAAGUUGUUGAACUUGAGACAAACACAACAAACAUAAUAUUGAUAUAAAAAUAAAAUGCAUUUCAUUUCUUGAACUAAAAUGUAAAAAACAAAGUAAAUGUAUGGCAACCUCAUUCAUUGCAACAACUUAACCUACCAUGACACUUUGAAUUAGACAAAAGGCUCUUGUUUCUACUGGUACAUUUACACGUGGAACACUUCUUUUUGCAGUUACAGCGUGCUUCUCUUACCGACAUUUCUUGAGCUGAAGUCUUAUCCAUGGAAAUUCAUUUUUCAUUGAAAAGUUGCUUCAAGAUGCCAUUUUUGUUUGCUAUCAACUGCAGUAGCCAUCGAGUACAAUUAAUAAUACCACUAUCAAU